GUUGCAUCAGUUUCACAGCAGGUGACCCCCCCCCCUCCGCCAAAAUCCGGCUAUUAGAUGUGACCACGAGGUUGAUCAGGAGAAGCCACCAUGUCUUAAACGCAGACGGGCCCUCCGGAGCCCUGUCCCCCCACCCUGGACCACCCUCCCCCUCCCCCAUCCACCACCUUACCCCUUCUCCCAGCCCUAUCCCACUCCCAGACCUCCCUGCACAUGUGAGGGACAGGCUACCCAGCCCUGGCUCCCCGCUGGCACACCCCUCCCCUCCCUCCGGAGAGAUGAGCUUGCAGAAGCACCAGCAGUUGGGUGGUGGUAGUGGUGGGGUGAUGGGCUCUGACAGGGACCUGCAGUCCACUGCCUCCUCCAUUUCCCUGCCCUCUGUGAAGAAGGCCCCCAAGAAGAGACGCCUCUCCCUGGCCUCUCUUUUCAGACGGCGAGGACGGGAGCCCAAAUCAGGGCGCCAAAGGUCUCGAGAGCUCCAGUACCCUGGACCCGGAGGGCUGGGAGGGGUGGAUGGCAUCGCCAGCAUCGAGAGCAUCCACUCUGAGAUGUGUAAUGAUAAGAACUCUGCCUUCUUUUCUGUGGCUGGGACCGGAGCUGCCUCUGCUGCUGCUACUGCUGCUGCCUCCACCUCAUCUGCCUCAGGGCCUUCUUUCUCCACUUCCUCCUCCACCUCCUCCAAGGUGGGGGGUGGGGUGGGGACAGAGCUACUGGAGUGCCCGCUGUGCCUUCUGCACCACUCCAGGGAGAGCUUCCCUGACAUCAUGACCUGUCACCACCGCUCCUGCAUUGAUUGCCUGCGCCAGUACCUGCGCAUCGAGAUCUCAGAGUCACGUGUCAACAUCAGCUGCCCCGAGUGCUCGGAGCGCUUCAACCCGCACGACAUCCGCAUGAUCCUGGGUGACCGGGCGCUCAUGGAGAAAUACGAGGAGUUCAUGCUGAGGAGGUGGCUGGUGGCUGAUCCUGACUGCCGCUGGUGCCCUGCGCCGGACUGUGGGUAUGCGGUGAUCGCCUUCGGGUGUGCCAGCUGUCCCAAGAUCACGUGCGGCAGGGAGGGCUGCGGUACGGAGUUCUGUUACCACUGUAAGCAGCUGUGGCAUCCCAACCAGACCUGUGAUGCAGCACGACAGCAGAGAGCCCAGAGCCUCCGCCUGAGGACCGUUCGCUCAUCCUCCCUCAGCUACAGCCAAGAGAGCGGAGCUGCAGCUGAUGACAUCAAACCAUGUCCACGCUGUGCUGCUUACAUUAUCAAAAUGAAUGACGGCAGCUGUAACCACAUGACCUGCGCUGUCUGUGGGUGUGAGUUCUGCUGGCUCUGCAUGAAGGAGAUCUCAGACCUGCACUACCUGAGUCCGUCAGGCUGUACUUUCUGGGGGAAGAAGCCAUGGAGCAGGAAGAAGAAGAUUCUGUGGCAACUGGGAACACUUGUGGGUGCCCCCGUUGGCAUAGCACUCAUCGCCGGCAUAGCUAUCCCCGCCAUGAUUAUUGGCAUCCCUGUAUACGUGGGAAGGAAGAUCCAUAACCGCUAUGAAGGCAAAGAUAUCUCAAACCACAAGAGGAAUCUGGUGAUCGCUGGUGGAGUGACACUCUCUGUCAUUGUGUCUCCAGUGGUGGCUGCAGUCACUGUCGGCAUUGGAGUUCCCAUCAUGCUGGCUUACGUCUACGGUGUGGUGCCCAUCUCGCUGUGCCGUAGUGGAGGUUGUGGUGUCUCAGCUGGGAAUGGCAAAGGAGUUCGCAUAGAGUUUGAUGACGAGAAUGACAUGAAUGCUGGCAGUGGGGCAGCUGCCACUGAUACUACAUCAGUGGCAGACACCAGGAACAACCCCAGUAUAGGUGAAGGCAGUGUUGGGGGUCUGACAGGCAGUCUUAGUGCCAGUGGAAGCCACAUGGACCGACUGGGGGCCAUCAGGGACAACCUGAGUGAGACAGCCUCCACCAUGGCCCUGGCUGGAGCCAGCAUCACCGGCAGCCUGUCUGGCAGUGCUAUGGUCAAUUACCUAAACAGGCUGGAGGUACAGGCUGAUGUGCAGAAGGAGCGUUGCAGUCUCAGUGGUGAGUCUGGCACUGUCAGCCUGGGUACAAUCAGCGACAACGCUAGCACCAAAGCAAUGGCUGGAUCCAUUCUUAAUGCCUACAUGCCUCUUGACAGAGAUGGGAACAGUAUGGAAGUCCAGGUCGACAUUGAAUCCAAACCCGGUAAACUACGGCAUCACAGUGGCGGCAGCAGCGUGGAUGAUGGCAGCCACGUAGGCCGCUGUGGCUGGACCUGCCCCUCCAACGGCUGCACCUCCUCAGAGGGCAAAGGAACCUCCACCAAGUGGGCCAAAGAGGCAUCCUGCUCGUCCUCUUCCAGCUCGGGGGGCAAAAAGAGCAAAGGCAAACUGCGCAAGAAAGGCGGCGGAGGCACCAAGAUCAAUGAGACACGGGAGGACAUGGAUGCUCAGCUGCUGGAGCAGCGCAGCACCAACUCCUCAGAGUUCGACUCUCCUUCUCUGAGCGGCAGCCUGCCCUCGGUGGCUGACUCCCACUCCAGCCACUUCUCCGAGUUCAGCUGCUCCGAUCUGGAGAGCAUGAAGACGUCCUGUAGCCACGGCUCUGGUGGAGGUGACUACCACACUCGCUUCGCCACCGUCAGCCCUUUACCUGAGGUGGAGAACGACCGCCUUGAGACCUGCCCGGCUUCCUCGUCCUCAUCCCAGGGACAAGGAGCUGUGAUCACUCCCCACUCCCCCACCUCCACCACCUCCUCCCUGGGCCACGGUGCAGAGCUCUCCCCUCUCUGCUUCAUCACAGAGGAGAAUGUCAACCUGGUGUGCCCCGCUGACCUGGACUCUCACAGCAACACCGGAGAGCUGCUAAAAGAAACCAACAACAACCACCAUCAACCACACCAACCAACCCAAACCCAGCAGCAACCCAAGAACUCCUGUAUACAGACUGACAUAUAAAAUCUCAAUACCUUAAGUGCUGCACAGACGCUCUGUUUUUAUUUAACAUCUUUUCCUCCACGAAACUAACAAUCCUAGUUUACAGUUUAACCUGCAUUAUCUGUUAUUCCCUUGUAAAGGGGACAUGUUACUUUGGGAUCAAUGUCUUCAUAAAAAGCAACCUUUGAGUAAAGAAGGGGACCUGUGUGUCCACUGACUGUCAGUAAGCUUGUUAGGAGUAUUGAGAGGUUUUCACAAUGCAGCCAUGUGAGAAAUGUUAAGGUUGUGAAUGCUGGUGUUUCUGCUGUGCGACCCGCAGACUGCUGACACACUUUCAAUAGUUCACCACCACUUGUAACGGAGAGCAGCCCCCUGAUUUGGUCGCCGUCAUAUUGAUAUGUGUAGGUUUAAAUAAAACCACUGUGCCAGUUUUGCAAGUAUUUGAUUUUUGGCUCUUCAAUGCAGAUGCAACACCAUGCAGGAAUCUUAAUGUUACAGCUUUCCAAAAGUGAACUCAAACAGGGACCAGGCAAUAUGAUUCACAACUCCUUUUUUUCCCCAGAUUGACUUAUAAGUAAAAGAGGAACCUUGUGUUCUUUUCUGUAAUUAUUUGAAAAAAUAAAAAGAUUUUUUUUUUUGUUUUUUAGUUUGAAAGAAACCCUCUAAUGUAUAAUUUUGAGGCCCAGGCUCAACAUCCAAAAUCACUUUAGCACUAAAAUCAACCUGUAACACAACUGAGAUUCUCUUCAGAUGGAUGCACAUAGCUGUAUUCCCAUUUUGGAAGAUGGUGUUCGACAGCUUUUUAGCAACUUGGUGACCACUGAGUUUAGACCUAUAGCCCAAAACUAUCAGCGUGCUUUCAGUGCUAAGAUGGCUUUGGAAGCUCCGGCCUUUUUGCUCAUUUUGUUCUGUGGAAAGCUUGUGAUGAUAUGUUGGGGGGAGGGAGGGUGAGGGUUGAUGGAAGCAGAUUUGAGAAAGAGGUCUCUGGAAGGCCACGGUUAUCAAGAUAAUGCUGAAAGUCAUUAUAAUACCAUUAACCAAUGGGUUGGUCAAUUCUGUGAAAUUGUAUAAAGAAAAUGUUUUGUCCUGUUCAAAGGUGAUUUAUUCAGGCUGAUGGUCUCGCCUCACUGAGUAAGAGAGAGCUUUGAUAUCUUUCUUUGUUAACUCAUGGUGCCUUCAAGAAGCUGUUUGUGUUCUGUUUGUCUCUCUCUCUCCACUGUGUCUUCAAGACUUCAAACAAAAACAACAGCAACUCAUUCUAGAUAGCAGAAUGUCUGUCUGUGUAGGAGGGACGCUCUCAUGGUAUUCAUUCACAUACACAUCAUACUGUGGUAGACAUGGUAAAUGAAGACUUUUCAAUUGCCUACCAAAGACAGCACUCAGGCUCUUGUUAAAUCUUAUACCUUUGACUUGUCACCUGUAAACAUCGUAUGGUGCAUCCUUUUUACACCAUGGGGAUGAAUGAAGACAAGACCCAGGAUGAUACAGACAUGCAGACUGCUGUUUCAUACACGCUUCACAAACGCUACGCAAAUAACUGAGGCCGCAGAACGGCUCAAGGCACCUGCACUGUUAUCCGUAUUUCUUAUUAUAUUGAUGCUCUGCAAUGCACAAGGUUAAUAGGAAUGCAUAGGUAUGUUAUGGGUUAUCUUCCCUAUUGAUUUGUCCUGCGAUUCCUGUUUGUGUUGCCAAUCGGUGCUGCUGAGCAGACUUGAAGUCAAAUUCUGUUUUUCAAGUGUUUGCUUAAGCCUGUCUUUACUGCUCAGUGGUCCACUUUAUUGAGGCCACUGAGUCAGCUCAGGUGAACCUCUACCAGGUAGGUAAAAGCAUCUUGAAUGGUAUUUUCACCCUGGUCUGUUACUGAAUGAACACUCAAUUUGGUUCAGUGGAUAAGGCUAAAUGCUGCAGUCCUCCCCGCAUUAAAGCAAAUGUCAUUUUGUUCUUCCUCCCUGGUUCUGUUUCUCAUUCAUCACCAAAACUCCAGUUUCUUGAUCCUAAUUUGAACACUAGUGCCAGAUAUAAAUGCAGAAUGGCAUAAGGUAUUUGUAUAUUUGUUUGGUAAUUUGCUUUACUAUAUGCGUGUAAAUGCAUAUCAGAAAAAUAAAAAAAUAUAUGAAA